UCCCUCUUCACUUUGUACCUUUCUCGCCUCGACUGUGAAGCGGGCCGGGUCCUGCCAGGCCAGACCAAAUCGGACCUCGGGGGCGAUGCGGCUGCUGCCCCUGCUGCGGACUGUCCUCUGGGCCGCGUUCCUCGGCUCCCCUCUGCGCGGGGGCUCCAGCCUCCGCCACGUAGUCUACUGGAACUCCAGUAACCCCAGGUUGCUUCGAGGAGACGCCGUGGUGGAGCUGGGCCUUAACGAUUACCUAGACAUUGUCUGCCCCCACUAUGAAGGCCCAGGGCCCCCUGAGGGCCCCGAGACGUUUGCUUUAUACAUGGUGGACUGGCCAGGCUAUGAGUCCUGCCAGGCAGAGGGCCCCCGGGCCUACAAGCGCUGGGUGUGCUCCCUGCCCUUUGGCCAUGUCCAAUUCUCAGAGAAGAUUCAGCGCUUCACACCCUUCUCCCUCGGCUUUGAGUUCUUACCUGGAGAGACUUACUACUACAUCUCGGUGCCAACUCCAGAGAGUUCUGGCCAGUGCUUGAGGCUCCAGGUGUCUGUCUGCUGCAAGGAGAGGAAUGGAGUCUCGCUCUGUUGCCGAGGCUGGAGUGCAGUGGCGCGAUCUUGGCUCACUGCAAGCUCUGCCUCCCGGGUUCACGCCAUUCUCCUGCCUCAGCCUCCCGAGUAGCUGGGACUACAGGCACCCGCCACCACGACCGGCUACUUUUUUUGUAUUUGUAGUAGAGACGGGGUUUCACCGUGUUCGCCAGGAUGGUCUCGAUCUCCUGACCUCAUGAUCCGCCCACCUCGGCCUCCCAAAGUGCCGAGAUUACGGACGUGAGCCACCGCCCCCAGCUCCCCAACAUUUUUUUUGAGAGACAGGGUCUUGCUGUGUUGCCCAGGCUGGAAUGCAGUGGCACGAUCAUACCUCACUGCAGCCUUAAACUCCUGAGUUCAAGCGAUUCUCCUGCCUCAGCUUCCUGAGUAGCUGGGAUUGCAGGCAUGUGCCACCACAACUCACAACUGGCUAAAUUAUUUUUUAUUUUUUGUAGAGAUGGGAUCUCACUGUGUUGCCCAGGCUGAUCUUGUACUCCUGACCUCAGGAGAUCCUCCUGCCUCCCAAAGCACUGGAAUUACAGGCAUGAGCCACCAUGUCUUGUGUGGCCUCACAGCACACUUUUUUUUUUGAGACAGAGUCUCGCUCUCGCUCUGUCGCCCAGGGCUGGAGUACAGUGGUGCGAUCUCAGCUUACUUCAACCUCACCCUCCAGGGUGCAAGCAAUUCUCCUGCCUCAGUCUUCCGAGUAGGUAGGACUACAGGCGUGCGCCACCCAGCUGAUUUUUUUUUUUUUUUUUUUUUAGUAGAGACAGGGUUUCACCAUGUUGGCCAGCCUGGUCUCAAACUCCUGGCCUCAAGUGAUCCACUCGCCUCAGCCUUCCAAAGUGCUAGGAUUACAGGCGUGAGCCAUCACACCCCCGACAUACUGUACACUUUUUUAAGCUGGGCCAAGAGAACGGGGUGUCCAGGGGCAAGGCCCUUCAAGGUCUUAGCUGAGUUGGUUGUCUCUAUUGGCAAUUUUGGGGAGGCUUGGAAGUUGGGGCUUAGAAAGGAUGAGGUCGUAGAUCAUGGGAAGGGAGUGGCUGGUUUGGGAGGCCCUGGAGGAUGGGAAAGGAGGGAACUGCUAAUGGGAAGGGGAGGAAGGAGGCUGGUAAAGUGGGAGGACUGAUCAGUGCUACCCCCUCCCCC